AUGUUCCCUGGACAUCUUCGUAAUAAGGCAACAACUAAGGAUGAUAAUAUUAGAGAUCAUGUAACAUCCCAAUAUCAAAUUACCACUUUACCUAAUCAAGGUCGUAAUCAGUUAUUAUUAUUCACCUAUAAUUUUACUACCCCUCCAUGUAAAAAAUUCAUGACGAAACUUCAUCUUGUUGCAUUCGGUUCCAAUCAGUAUACUAUAUCAACAGAAUUGACAAAUUGGUCUAUUUUUUCAAUAGCAACCAAUCAAUUAACAAAUAACUGCCCAACUAUGGAAGUAAUUAGAACAAGUAUAGCUCAUGGUGGCCAAGUUCCUUCUGAUAUAAAGUAUGGAAUUCACCCACUGUAA